AGCUAAGUGAACCAUUGUGCGUAAUUUUGUUAGACACCCUCUUGUUGCUCUGAACUCAUUCAAGAAUCACUAAAAACCCUAGACUACUUCACACUUACAGAGUAACAGGUUAUAUUGCAAAAUGAUUUAUUCUCAAUCUGCUAAGCGUUCAAUUGACAUAUUGUGUAAGAGCCUGAGAAAUCACGUGCAAUCUCCACAUUUUAGAGCUUCAAUUGUCCCUCAAUAUGCCAAUCAAAAUAGAUUUAUGGUUCGAAAUUACGGUUCUGAAGCCCCGGUUUCGGAACAAAUGAGUUUGAUUAAGCAGUUGAGGGAAAGGACUAGUGCUCCUAUUAAGGAAGUUAAGGCUGCUCUCGUUACCUGCGAUUGGGAUAUCGAUGCUGCGCAGAAGGAUUUGAGGAAAAGAGGGGUGAUUCUUGCGUCUAAGAAAUCGUCGCGGACGGCUGCAGAGGGGUUACUUGCGUUGGCACAGAAUGAGAAUAAGGCUGCUGUUAUUGAGCUUAAUUGUGAGACUGACUUUGUUGCUAGGAAUGAUAUUUUCCGAUGUUUGGCCGCGUCCUUGGCGAAAUUAGCUCUUUUGGUGGACAAUUCUCAACAACUUUCAGGUGCUUUUCCUAUUGGACCAGAGUACUUUGAGGGUUUGAAAUUAGAUGUUGAGCAUCCAAAAUUAAGUGGAGAAAGAACAGUUCAAAAUGCUAUUACAGAAGUGGCUGCCAUGAUGGGUGAGAAUGUUAAACUUAGAAGGGGGUACGCAAUGUCCAUGUCUUCAUAUGGAGUCAUGUCCACGUAUCUACAUGCAAGCCCACAACCAGGUCUGGGACGAAUUGCUAGCAUUUUAUCUCUCGAAGUGGAGGAUCAGAAUGCUCCACUUGAUGCCGUGCAACGUGUUGGGUCGGAACUGGCAAUGCAUGUAGUAGCUGCAAAGCCAUCAUUUUUAACAAAAGAACUUGUUUCAUCUGAGGCAAUAAAUAAUGAACGAGAGAUUCUCAAGUCUCAGGCCGAAGCUAGCGGGAAGCCUCCGAUGGCCAUAGAGAAAAUGGUAGAAGGUCGUCUCCGGAAGUACUUCGAGGAAGUUGUAUUGAUGGAGCAAAAAUUUGUUGUGAAUGACAGUGUAAACGUGAAGACGCUAUUGAGCAAUCUUUCCAAAGAAGUUGGCUCUCCCGUGAAGAUUGGUAAUUUCUUAAGAAUGGAAGUUGGAGAAGGCCUUCAGAGCCUUGAAGCAGCUGGUGCACCUGAAGAUUUGGCCCAAGCAGCCUGAUUCUAAUAUAUUCUUUAUCCCGUCUCAAGGAGUUUAUAUUUGUACUCCAAAAUUUUGUACGUUGUGUUUCUCUCAAAGUGCUUAUUCUUGUACACAUGCACUGAUGUGUAACUAUAAAGCGAAGUUGGGGCCUCUCAGUAGGUGACGUUAGGCAUGCUUGGAUUCUAGAGUUUUACUAUUUAUUUCGUGACAAUAAUGGAACUUUACUCCUUUGGAGAAGAUAGAUGCAUUGUGAUAUUGCAUAAAAUGAGAUACAGAGUAACAGAGGACAAGGAGGAUGGGCGUAUAGUAGUGUAUUUAAAGAAUUAUUCUGGAACCAAUAUUAGUUCUACUGAGGUUAGGAUGGGCAUAACCCAUUGCUGUCUACCAAGUUUGCUUACAGUUUCUGAAAGACUGUAUUACACUUUGGGUCCCUUUGGUUUACCCUUGUUACACAUCACACUCUUGAGUUUGUGGAUAUG